GGGAACGACACGGUACGGUGACCUCACAAGCAGCUCCAAUCUGAUGCUAUCCACAACUCUGUGGAGAUAGAUCAAAAUAGCAUCGACGCGCAAUAUCCCCAGUGUUUUUACUUCUUCGUUCUGCCACUUCUCUCGGUCGCGCGGAGUGGAUAUACCUUUGGCCGCCCCGCUACUAGCCGACACAAGCGGAUCUGAUUUCACCUUCAUUCAAUCUGCGUGAUAUCCUCACCUCCAACCACCUCCUCGCGUUUUCAAUCUCACUUGCUAUGUUUCGACACUGACCACACUGCGGCCUUUGCACUUGCAAAGCCACUCCAUCCGCGACACCAUGGAUGAGGCUGCGAAGCUAGUAUGCGAGCUGCAGCUGAAGCUCGCCCAGCUCGAUCAUAAGGUCUGGCAGUAUCAGCGCGACAUGAAGUCGGAAUUCGAGAAAUAUGCGGAGGAUCUCCUACGGGAGGUACCAAGGGAUAUAUCUGAGACUGUCUCGAAGACUAUCGCCGAGUCAAUGAAGGGAUGCAGAUCUCUGUAUCCAGACGGGGCACGGCCUAUUGAGUCACCCGCAACAGGCAGCAUUCGUGUAAAUGGGGCUGGACAGUCGCAACAAGCAGGCACCGCGCCCAUCCCAGCAGCCUUUCAAAGAAGAUCUACCGACGCGACAGACGACAGUCCGAAGAGUCCGCAGCACGAACGCGAGAAGGAGUUCCACGGGCUGUUCACCCCGAGCUACCUCCCUCUCCUCGACAGCACCAGUCGCAACGACCGCCGAUUGAGUCCCGACCCUCCUCUUUCUCCACGACAAGACGUGAAGGGGAAGCAGAAGGAAAUGGAUGAUAGGGAGGUCGAGGCUAGCGAAGAUACCAGAUCAUUUACAACUACAACAGAGCCAAAGAGACCUGAUCCCCCAAGGCGCCGAAACACUGAUUCGUUCUCAAUUGCAUCGGAUUGUAGUGGGACAACAACCCCUCGUAGCGCUCUGCGACGCUCUUCAAUCUCUUCCAAGUCACAUAGCCCGCGUCGAGUGCGUUUUGAUGUCAUGGGCGAAGAGGUUCUACCCACAGCUUCCCCACGUCCAUUCAAGCCCAUCAUGCCGGAGGAAAUCUACCCAAGAAGCUACCCGGAUUCGGACGAGGAGGCAGGAUCUGAACAGAUUGAGGAUGUCAAUUCACAGCCCCCGAAGAGAGUCUCGUCAUCACAAGCGCUGAGAGCAUUGUCACGAUCGCCGUUAGUGGAUGACGGUACGGAAUGGACUACAGUCAGAGCUCCACCGGAUGGUUCGGCGUCUGUUGCCACGAACGGCUUCCAAGGCUCCGAUGAUGAAGAUGAUCAGCUGGAGAUUGGCCCGUCAAAAGCAAAAAUAGCCGCGCUACCGAGUACAACGUCAAGCAUCUCGAAGAAGUUGAGUCCCAAUCGUCUCGAUGAUACCAACGCAAUACCUCCAGUUGAGGACAAGCAAGAAGAGCAAGCGGAGACACCCUCCGAUGACGAAAUGCUCGAUAUGCCGCCUUUGAGACGACAGAACGCAUCUCCUGCCAGCAUGCUCUCUCCAGCAAUCCCAGCGGAUAUCUCGGGCAACAAGUCACCAACAGCAUCUACUCGAUCUCGCGGUAAGCCAUUGCACAGCCUCGAGACAACUGGCAGCAUUCCCCAAACCGCAGGUUCUCAACUCUCAACGGAGGAAUACGAUCACGAUGAUCUCUUCCACUUCGACGACGGCAAUGUCGACAGCCAGAAAUAUCCCCCUGCCCGCAUGGAACAAGAAGCCGAAGACGACUCCUCCGAAUCAUCUGAAUCCGCGGCGGACGAACCCCCAGUCUCACCUCUGAAGGAGCCAGUCAAACUCAGCGAGUACUCCUCCUCACCAGCCCGUGACAUCGUCCGCCCAUCUGCCCGUGCGAAAUCGGAAGAUACGCCCACCUCAAAGGGAAUCGUAGGCUCGUACAAAGGCCGACCAUUCUCCAUCCCGAUCGUCAGUCCCGAGGUCCACGCCAUGGCUGCUUCGCUGGGAGACGUCAAUUCUUUCGUCGGCAGUGUCCAUGACCGACCUGAGAGUGAUGAUUAUAGCUUCCGAGCUAGUCUUAGGAAUUCCGGCACGCCAAGAAGCUUUAGUGAGAGGAUGCGGAUGGAGGAUAUCAUGGAGGCGGAGGAGCACAAGCGCAGGGAAUCCUAAAGUCUUGUUCCUUUUUCUUUCUUCGCGAAUAUCGAGCUGCGAGAGUCAAUUCACUGCAUUUGGCAUCUUGGUGCGCCUUGGCAUAUGUGUUUUAUAGCGGGGGUUGCAUAGUUCCGGCGUUUCAGAGAUAAUGGGGCAGAUAAUGAGCAUUACAUGGAAUGGUUUGUGAACGGGAGAAUUAUGGGAUGAUAAGGGAUAAGAUGAGAUGAGAGAGCCAUGACGAGUUGUAUUUGAGACGAGAGAGAUAAUAAUACACAGUGAAUAAAUGGAUGUGUGC